UUGUUUUCCCCCCUGAGUUGUGUGCAGUUUGUACGCUUUCAGGACCCAAAGUUCAGCUCAAUUAUGUACUGGUCAGCGUACAGCCUUGUUCCUAUUAUGGCGGCAGUUCUCGUUCGAGGAGGGAACCUUACAAGUAUCUGUCUCUUUAACCUUCCGAUUUUAAGAAGUAGGUACUGGUUUCGUUCUUGCGUCGAGAGUAACAAAGCAGCUAUUUUUAAGGCUGAUCCAUUUCGGAAAUUUUGGAAAACAGUUCGCUUUUCCUCCUCUUUGGCCAUGAGCUCUCUCGAUUUGAGUGGAAUUUUCCCCCCGAUUGUAACGCCAUUUGGAGACAACGAAGGAGUGAACUAUGACAAGUUAAAAUAUAAUUUCAGCAAGUGGAACGAUAUACCAUUCAGUGGUAAGAGGGUGUUUUCCUUAAUAAGUAGAGAUAAGGAGCUUUAAAAUCUCUGAAAAUUAAGGUUUCUCAUUUGAGAAAAAAUUGUAAAAACAAAAUUAUCCGAGGCCAAUUUAGAUCGCACGCGAAGCUCUUUUCUGAUCUCAUAAGAAAGAUAAGUUCUCGACCUUAUGUUUGUUUUGAUUUUCUUACAUUGAUUAAUGAGGUUGAUUAAGCUCAUUCCCUCACGGCAGUUUAAAACAUGACGCAGAGUUUGUCAAACUUCCGGAGUCGAUUUUGUUAAGACUCUUAUUUUACUAAACGAGUGGUCCGUAGUUAACAAUUAGGUGGCUUUACUUAAAUCACUUCACACACUUUAAUUUGAUCAACCUCAUGGAAAAGUUUCAUGUUCUUCUGAGACGGUGAACCUCAAAUGUUAACUCUUUAUGGCGAGUUCUUAUUGCUUUGCUCUUAAAGUAGUGUUAUAGUGAUGAGGUGAAUUGAUCAAAUGCAUUAGUCACUGAGCAAGUAACUUAGACCAAUUGUAAUCCUGUUACAAAUCAUGGCUUUUGCCAAUUCACUGGAUGUUUUAUUUUUACAAUGAAUGUAAAACUGUUUUUUUGGCAGCAUAUAAAACCAGUUAACCAAACUAUUAGAUUUUGAAAAAAAUGUAAAAUUUCUGUAACUAAAAAUGAAAAUGAAAUUAUUUAACAAGAAAGGCUAAACUUUCUCUUAUUAAUUAACAAUAUGCUUUUAGGCCUGAUGGUGGUUCAUUUAAAGUCGACAAGAUUAGAAGAAAGAUAGCUAUAGACAUGGUUUUCUCUUUAUACUUAUUAUCAGAGAAACUGACAGGGAGAGGAGGGCUGCUUUCUUUCUAGAAAGACAUUACUUAUUUUGGUGAAAAUGAUUAUUGAUAGUGUGUACAGUAGCACUCUUAGUUGUAUGAAUUAGGUUAGGUAUACAUCCAAACAUCUAUUCUGUAUUAAAACUAGGAGGAUGAAAUUGAUGAUUACUCUUGUAUGGAAAGUGCUCAAGAAACAUUUGCAUCCGUGAAAAGCUAAUCUGCCAACAAUUUGCAGGUGUGCCAAAUUGUGAGUCUUAGUAUAAAGGUAUCUUUUUAUGAGAUUCCAAUUAUCUCAGGAGUAAAACCUAGAUGUGGUCUUUAAUCUGGCUUCAGUUUCAUUGAACAUAUUAAGCGACAGUUAAAACUCAACGACUUUAUACUUUUUACUUGUACCAGUACAUGCACAGCUGCUGGAUUGAUUAAUUGUUCAUUACAUAAACAAUUAAUUCUUCCAAUAAUGUUACAUUUGGAUUUUUAGUUUUUUUAGUAGCAUGUACAUUUUGAUAAUUUGACUGUUUAGAAAAAAUUUUUAUGGAUAGUACAAAUUUAAGAAAGUCUGUACUAAAUCAGAAUAAGUACUGUUUCAUAAGUCAAAGAACAAAUAGGUGACAUACCCAAGCAAGCAAACGGGAUACUACACAGCACACAGCAAACAAUUGCACUUUGGUACAUAUCAGUGAAGUCUUCAACAGCCCUUAAACAAAAGUGAGAUAGAAAUGAAAUGAAGGAAACAGCUUUCUAAAGUCAUCGCAGUAUAAAGUUAAUGUGAUAAAAUACAGAUAUCUGUAGGCACUUUUUGCAUCUGAAAACUUACCAAUUACUGUAGUUUUCAUUUUAGCACUUUAACACGCUCAGCAUAUAUUUUGCUUUGUUAAAAUUCUUGUCUAUUUUCAACAUCCAGUGAAAUCGCCACUUUUUGUGAUAUAGAGAUUUAAAAUUCUGGAUUGCCUCUUCAGCUACAUAUAGCGACCUCUAGUGAUUCACAUUUAAGUUUUAGUGCAAAGCUUUUUGAAUUAUAUGAAAAUUUGUUUCACAUAACUUUUCAAUUAUGCUAGAAAGGUACCGUUUGAAGUGGCUUUACAAUUUGGCCACAUCACCAAUUUAUUGUACUACUAAAUUGGUCAUUUCCUCAAAGACACGUCAAUAAGCAUGUCUGUAGACUUGGUGUCUCAACUGCAGUCUUUGUGUCUUAUCUUCUUGGGCACAGCACUUAGCACUAUACGCUGUUUCUUGCCAUAGAUAUAUGCAUAUAGAAAACUAGUCUUUUUUCACACCAAACAAAUAAAGAAGAGCAUUUGGAGGCCUUUGGAAAUUAGAAUUCUAUAUUAAGAGUUAAAUGCUCUUUAUGAGGUAUAUUAUGUGUAAAUGUAACAUGUAAUAUAUAUAUCAGGUCCAUUAGAAUUGAUGCACCCAAAUAGACCUGCUAAUGUUUGGUGGAUUCUCCAGUCUGCAAUGAUAAGUACAGAGAAUGUUGUAAGGACCAAGUUCUUUAAAGGUGCAAAAUCAACUUACAUACAUUUUUACUAGAUACUUCUUUAACUUUUCAGGUUUCUGUUUGAAAAAUUAAAAAAAUUUACUGACAGAUAUCAGAACUUCAAUCUCAACACCAUGCAAAGAAUGCAUGUUAUCUUAAUCUCUGGUUGAAAUAUUUAGCACGUUGUGUGGUAAUGUGUGGAAGUACAUUUGAUAUUCUUCAAGUUGUAUUUGCCAAUUUUAAUGCAGUGGUUACCUUUGUAGGAAAAUUAUUAACUGUAUUUUCUCCCAUUAGUAUUUUUUUUCUGAAAGUUUAGUACUGUGUCUAUCCUAGAAAACAUCCUAGGGAACUGCACCAUCAUCUUCUGAAAUAAAACCAUCACUUUUUUUUAUUAUAAUUUGAGAACAUUUUCAUUACAUCAUUACUAAAAAGUUGUCCAUGUAAUUAUUAACCCAUGUCAUCUUCCUAACAUUAUGCCAAAAGUUGCAGUUGAUCACUUGCUGUUAGAGCAGUUGUUGUUGUAUACUUGACUUGUCAACUUCUUUUAGUUAAAGGAGUUAGAUGGUAAUUCCUAGGGAAUUAUCAUUUUUUUGGAGAACCUGAUGAUGCGAAAAUAUGUCCAAAAAUUUAAAGCUGUUCUAAAUCUUUAAGGUUGUCUUUAAGAGUUUGCACAUAACAGUCAUUAGUGCUUUUCCUUCCUCAAAAGAGGCUUUCUCUAAUUUACUACAAAUUUGUGUUAUUUUCUUCUUUUAAAUUUUAAAAUAUAUUUCAAUGGAGGCUGUAUCAGAUUUUUUUUGCUGGGUUUGAGAAAUUGGUUAACGGUGAAAGUUUAAAUUAAAUGGGAUUUUUAAACUGCAGGAACCCUGCAUGGUCAAGUUGUAAAAGAUGGAAGGGAUAUUGUAAGUGUCAGCUAUCACUAUGUGAGGGUGUUAUUAAUUGCUUCUGAAUUUGAGACAAUUCACUUUCAGUCACUCAGUCUGGUAUUGUGUUGUUUCUUUUAUUUGUUCUGUGAUUUGCUUCAGAAUUAUUACUGAUUUCAUACUGUUCAAAACAGCUAUCCAUAGUAGUAAGGUUCAAGUUUUAACUGAUAUUGAAUUCUUUAUUAGUCAAGAAGUGUAGAUAUUGGCCAUUUUGUUUCAUUUGGCUGCUUAUGGAGCUGAUCUGCAUAUUGGUAUGUAAAUGUACAAAUAAAGUAAUAUGAAAGUGGCUGACAUCCAUCCAUCUUACCAUGUGGUAAGUCUUUGACAAAUAUUUUCUCUAUACCCAGUGUAGGGUAUUGAAAAACAUACGUCAGUUACAAAAAGAUCAAGGCCAACAGAAGAGAUUUAUGUACAAAUUAUUUUAUUUCAUGUGUUAGUUUAAAGUAGGUUUUUAUGCUAUACUGGCACAGUGUAAAGAAUAUCAUCCUUUUAACUGCCAGACAGUAGUCAAUAGUGAUGAAAAGCCGAUUUUCAGUCAUGAUGGGAAUUACUGACACUAUAUUGAAAUAUACAGUUUCUGAUUCUUUAUGAUCAAAAUACCUCUACAGCACUAUGCUUGUACUCUGAAAGUUUUUAAGUGCUCCCUCUUAAAUUUAAGACCCUACUAUGAGACAAGGGCUAAUUGUUUAAGUGGCAGUGCAUUCCAUUUAUGUGACCCAACAUUUUUUGAACUCUUUACCUUGGCAACUGCCAAUAGUGCCCAAUAUUUGCUGACAAGCAAACCUUGAUGAUCAUGAAAUUACAAAUUUAAGUCAUCAGCCUUAAAUUUUUAAUUUUCCUGUACAGAUGUUGUAUGUCUCUAUUUUUACCUCACAUAGGCAUGCUUAUAUGUUAUUAUGUUGUUAAUGAUUACACAUGUGUAGACGGAUGUUAAAUAAAAGCAAGGUUCUAUGGUCAUUAAUUAAAGUUUGACAAGAACAUCUUAACUGAAAAUUGUGACUGAAUAAAUGAAUGAAUAUUAUUUAUAUGGGUAAGUCCCCCACCAAAUAAAGACUCUCUACAGGAACUAAAACAUGUAUUUGCUAGAAAUAUCUUAUACUAAAAAGUUCAGUGUUAUUCCUUUCCCCUUACAAAUCCUCUCUUUCUCCCUCUUUCCCCCCCCCUUUUUUUGAUGGGAAGAUAUGCUUUAUUCCUCCCACAUCCCUCAUCUUAACAGUGAACAAAUAUUUUUCAACUAGUGUGCAAGAAAAGCACAAUUCCUAGUGUGGCAUGAUUAACCAUAUGGAAAUUUGACUACCCACAAGAAGUGCCCUAAUAAGUAAAUAUUGAAAAAAUUGUUCUUGCAUAUUAUUUUAACAACAAAAACAAAUCACUUACAGCAAUUAUAGUAUUAUUUUGCUAAAUGAAGAGCAUUGAGGGUGGUUUUAGGAGCAUGUGAAGGCAGAAAACAUAAAAACAUCAAGGUCAAAAACUCUAGCCCUGAGUACCAAACAUGCUUGUUUUAAGAUACUACAAAACCUUGAGAAAAUAUUUGAAGUUAAUUUUACUUCUUUUUCAUUGGAGAUCCAGCUAUUAAUUGUUCUGUAAUCACCUUAUGAUGGGAAAAGAUUCUUGUGGGAUUGAUAUCAUUAAAUGGUUUUGUGUUGCAGGGUAUGUUGUUCAAGGAUCCAAUGGUGAAUAUGCAUAUAUGAGAGCUGAAGAAAAGAUUGAUUUAGUUCAUAAAGUGAGAGAACUAGCACCCAAAGGCAAACUUAUUUUGGCAGGAUCAGGUUGUGAAGGUAACAGAGAUAGGAAGCAAAACUUAACAAUAAGACUUAAAGCAGUCAAUCCUAAACUUAGCUUGUGGAAAAAAAACAUGUUCACUUUGACCUUCUGGCAUCCCAUAAAAAAACCUGUGCAGAUAGGAAAUUUUGCUAACGAGGAACCAUUAUCUGUGAGAACAGUUACAAAAACUGGAAAAGUAGUAAGCAAAUUUCUACACUUGCAAUUUGUGCUUCCUGUUAUUAAAUCACACUUCAGGCAGUUUUGGGAGGUUUCAGAGAGAGUGACACCUUUAUGCUACAAGCAAGCUCCUCUGCUUAAAUUUCUGUAUUGUGCUUUUGUUUUAGACAAAUAAGAGACUAUUGAUUUUACAGUCUGCACUGAAACUCAUAAAGUUUAAUUUUAGUUUUGGUUUGUUACUCCUUCACUUGUACUGCUGGUUGGGGGUAUCUCUGGUAUCUCUUUGAUCAUUUUUGGUCUCUAUGCAUUUUUCCAAUAAAGCUACAAGGGAUACCAUAGAGAUGACAAAUAAAAUGGCUGAGGCAGGUGCUGAUGCAGCACUUGUUGUGACACCUUGUUUCUAUAAGAGUGGUAUGACUGCAGAAGCUCUUGAGAAACACUUCACUAAGGUAAAGCAUUGAUAUUAAAGUGAACUAAAUUGUAUUGACAAGAAUUUUCCCAAAUUAUAUUUCCGAGUCGAGGUGAAUUCUGGCGGUUGAGCAAAGGCAUCUGUUCCCAUUUACAGAUCUGUUGGUACAGCCAACCAGUUUUAGUUCUGGCUGUUUCCAUACUUGAUUAUGAUUAAGUUAUUAAUAAGAACUGAAAAUGGAUUCUAACAUGAUUUUUUAUAUCUGAUUUGAAAAAGAUUAUGUCAACUGCUUUUUUUUUUUGUCACAAGAUCACUUGUAGUUCUAAAACCAUUGCAAAACGAUUUAAUACAUAAAUUGAUAAUACUAUUUAAUGACAGUUCACUUAGAAUUUGAAUGACUUGAAAAAAGUCAGAUUAAGAUCUCAAUAAGGGAUUAUUGUUGAACAAUCAAAUGACAUUACAUGAACAAUUUUAUUUACCAGGUCGCAGACAGUUCACCAAUACCAGUUAUACUGUACAGUGUGCCAGCAAACACAGGAAUUGACUUACCCUCCGAAUGCAUUAUUAAGUUAUCAUCUCACCCAAACAUUAUUGCUCUAAAGGACAGUGGAGGAGAUGUAUGUAAGAGGGCACUGAAAUUAGGGAUGAAAGAGAGUCCUUCUUUACCCCCUUUCCACCGAAAAAAAUUGUCAGGCGUCACUGGCUAAUUUAAAAACGCAACCAGAAAUGGCAACUGAUACAAAAAUGUCCAAUGAAACUGUUAUUCCACAAUUUAAGCUUCUUAGAAAUAUUUUAAAGUGCGUUUUCGCGUAAUAUGUUAUUUGCCUUAAUGCACUCGCAUAGCUCCUGCUACGUUUACUCGACUCAGCCCAUUCAAAUUUAAAAUUUAAAAUCCAUUUGGAGCAACUUUAGAAUACUCGGACACUCAUUUACAUGUCAUUGAAUAAGAAUAGCGUCUAUUGUGUUAUGCCUCGAUCUUCAAGGCUAAAACAAAAUAAGUUGUCGCAAUGCUCACUGUGUAUUCGUUGCACGAAAAUUGUUCCUUUCCUUAAAGAAUGUCAGAUUUUUCUAACUGAAUAAGUAAAAACAAGUGGUUCAACUUUCAAACGAGUGUAAAUAACUCACCUUUCAACUCUUUGACAUUUGUUUGACAACACUAUUUUCACAGCCUUGCUUUAUAAGAUCAACUUUGUGCGAAAGCACUGGCCUUUUGAGCGCGCGUAACUUCUUGGUGGGAAACUUGCACUCGUCGUGGAUGGUUGCGCACGCCUGCUUUUUCCCGCCCUUUACCAUUCUCUUCUUCAGAGCCCCUCACCGUCACGCAAAGUUUUAGCACAGAACAAUCUCAUUCAAGAGUCACGCCUGAGUCCUACUUCCGGGCUUGUUACUAGUGAUGAUUUGAGUUCAAAACAAACAAAGCCAGGUUAAGGGAAAGUUAAGACUUCAUUAGUAUUUGAUUUAAUUUCCACUGUUAUGUUGCUUAAUUGUUGAAAUGUUUUGAAAUUUCCCGAUCAUAUGGCGAGCAGGUUGCGGAACGGAGAGGGGACUGAAAUUACUUAUUGUAGCCUAAGUAGUGUUUACUUGACUAAUAUUCUUUAAAUUAUGAUUUAUUUAUCGUUUUAUUUUUCCCUUUUUUCUUCUUCUAGAUCACCAAGAUUGGUUACGUGAUCCACAAGACUGCUGGAAACAAUUUUCAAGUAUUGGCUGGAUCAGCCAGCUUUCUUUUGGCUUCCUAUUGUCUUGGUAAGCCAGUUCUUUUUAUUAACACCAGAAAAAGAGUUGAUGUAAUUUUGGGUUAGGCAGGGAGAAGGUGAAGAUAGCUUGGCAAAUGAACGAACAAGUGUGUCAAACUUGAAAUGUUUUGAAAGCAAAUAUUUGAUUUAAGUGGCUGUGUUACCUUUGUUGGGACCCAUUGGGUUGAUGCGUGUUUUUGGUUUGCAAUAAACGUUUUCCAUAUAUAUUUUAAGGUGCCGUUGGAGGCGUGUGUGCUCUCGCAAACGUUUUGGGAAGAGAAGUUUGCAAGCUACAUGAAAUGCACAAACAUGGAAAAAUGGAAGAAGCUAAGCUUCUGCAGCACAAAUUAAUUCUCCCAAACACAGCGGUAUGAGCAAAUAUUUUGAGUACUUUUUGUUCGUAUGUGUUCCUGACUCGUGUAGCUCCGUUCUGUUUACUAAUCCUGUUAACCCUCUAACUCACACGAAUGACCAAGACAAAAUUCUACUGACAAUACCGAUACAAUAUCAAGCAGAAAAGUGAUGUGAAUAAAUAAUGGUAAUUGAACUGAGUGGAGUGCAAUUUGGGCUGAAAUUAUACGCGUGAUUUGAAUCACAAGUAUGAUUUUAGACCAAAAUUGCACGACACUAGGUUCAAUUACCACUUUAUUACAUCCAUUUUGAAAUUGCCCAAAUACAGGACUUGGUCAAUUCAAAUAUUUUACUGAUGCAGUACUGAGCCGGUUUGAAAUUAAAUUCAUUCAUUUUUUUUUUUUUUUUUUGGGGGUAAUAGGCGUUUUGUAAAUAAAAGUUGCAAAAUUUGCCACAUGAUACUCUUUUUCUUUCAUUUUCUUGCAAUUUUAUUGGUUACUUUAAAAAAGCCUUGAAAUCUGAUUGGUUGUUUUGUUUUUAGUGUAGCCUCAUUGGCUGGAAAAAAGAUGCGAUUUAAGGCAAAAAAUGUUGCGAUUCGUGAAUAAAUCGCACCAAUCAGAGCCAAUCAGAUUACAGGGACCACUAGUGAUUUCAAAAUGGGUAUAAUAAAGAAAAAUAUUAUUAAAUGGAUUAUUAGUUGAUCUAAUACCAAAUUCUCCGAACUAACAUUAUAAGAAUUGUAUGGUUGAUAGUAACGAGAAUUACUAAUGAGAUCUAGAGAUCUAGAGAUCUAUUACUACAUUGUGUGUCAUCGCUUAGCAUGGUUAACCAAAAGUUUAUAAGAUUUAUAGUCCUUGACAACAUAACUCGAUUUUUUUCUUCUACCACCACAUUAGUCUAUGGCAUUUUGACCUUGUGGAAGGAAUAAAGAUAAUGUCUAAUAUUUUAUCUUUUCUCGUUUUUUCAGGUAACCAAGACAUAUGGUGUUCCAGGACUGAAGAAAUCCAUGGAGUUUUUUGGCCUCUACGGAGGACCCACGAGAUCUCCGCUCCUACCUCUGAAAGAGUCUCAAGAAGCUGAACUAAGAGACAUUUUCAAACUGUUUGGAGGAUACCAGGCAUAGAGAAGAAUUUAUUAACCUUCAAACCCCUAAGAGUGAUUAGAAUCUUAUUUCUCCUUACACUAUCAACGUUGAAUCAAACAUUAAGGCCAUGAGAACAAGGAAAUGAUCACCCACCAGUGAAGCUCUUGAUUUUUGAACAAAUUUUCCAUGUCAGUGCCAUAGGAAAUGUAAAGAGAACAGUAUGGAGGAUAUGGAUACCUAUCCUAGGGUUUUAGGGUCGAAGACAAUUUCCAUACACUGAAUAUAAAUGAAUCUUAAUGGUAGUCAGUUUAUUUUUAUAAGUAUUGAGACCUGUAAUAGAGAAAUUCGGCUGAACCCUUUUAUAUGGGGAAAUUUGACAAAGUGAAAUAAUAUAUUUUUAAAAGUGAGGUGCUUUCAUGAUUAAGAUAGUAUAGUCGACGUUGACUUCGCUGACGUUAUGGCUUCCGCUACAAAUAAUCUUUACAAACUCUUUGCUACAGUUUGCACAGCCUACCUAACAGAAGUAUUCUUUGGGUUUGUGAGGGGAUCGAAGGCGUGUGCGUAUAGCUUGCGAGAGGUUUUCGUUCUUAGCGCUGUGGCACGAGCGUUUCUCCAUCGGCGAGAAUGUUUUAGGCUUUAAGCAAAUCAAGUAAGUGACAGAGGACAGCGGUGACACUGAUGCCAGACCCUUCGCAGACCUACAGCUACCUCGCUCGGCUCAUACCCUCAGAUUUUCUCGCAGGCGAAGAAAUUCUCAUGUGUCAGCCUUCAGGGCCUUCUCGCAGGGUGCGCCUCGACUAAAAUUUGAGCACUGGAACAGCUUUAGUAUAGCGUACUUGAAGACAAUCUUAUUUGCAUGAUUGGCAUGUAAUCGUAGCUACAUAGCUACGAUAUUUAGUGAAACUAGAAAUAAGUUCACCAGCGUGAUCUCAGUCGCUGAUAUGGGUAAAAUCUUGGCAUGGUAGCAACACGAUUUUCACACUAAUUAUCUUAAUUGUAUUUUCCAUAAGCAUGUGAAAAACUCCUGGAAAGUAUUCCAAAAGCUUGUGUUAAAUGUCAUCCCUUUCACACACUUUCCACGCGGUCUUCACUUAGAUAUUGAAGGAGACAAAUGGAAAACUUGCACUCACAUAUGCGUGAAUCUCACCUUGACGGCGGUUUGAAAGUGGACCUACCUCUAAUGUGAACUCAGGCCUUCUAUGGAGUGCAUGAGUAAAAACGGGAAACUGAAUGUAACAGAAAUUAUGAUUAAGGGAAAUAAAACCAUCGAAG